GAGCUCUGCUCCACGUUAAGGAGGACAGCUAUAAACUAAACGAGCCUCGCUUAGUGCCAUCUCAGUUGGUACUAAUCCCUUCACCGCGAAGGGUAUCGUACAGCACAGUUCAUUAGGUCAAGCAGUGUGUCAUUGUGAAAAGAACCCGAGAAAAAUGGUGAAAUUAAGGCUCCUAGUGAGCACACUGCUGGUAUUGGCAGCAGUGGACCAGAGGGUAGUACAAGCGGGCCGUCCAGCUUGGAGAUGGUUGACGGAUUCAUCCGACAUAACGCCAGUGCCGGAGCAGGACGAACCCAUCGAAGCGGUGCAACCGCUUGCCCCGAAUCGUCGCCAACCCGUUGAUGAGUCUUACCGACUUCCGGGCACGACCGCUCCAAUACACUAUCAUCUGUCCCUACGAACCGCCAUUCACGAGAAUAAUCGAGGGUUCAGCGGUGUGGUAACGAUCCAACUUAAGGUCCUGGAAGCGACCUCUACGAUAACCUUGUUGAACCGACGCUUGACGAUACAGCGAGCCCGACUGUUGGAAGAUGCAACGGAAGCCGAAAUCGAACAGCCUUCCUUCGUAACUGACCAACGAACGGAACAUCUGACCUUCAGCAUUUCUCGUGCGUUAGCACCUGGUGAACAGUAUAAACUUCGGAUCGAAUUCACGGGCCAGCUUCAGAACAACAACAAUAUGGGCUUCUUUGCCUCGUCCUAUCUCGACAACCAGGGUGACCGGCACUAUCUGGCAUCGAGCAAGUUCGAACCAACUCACGCUCGAUCGGCAUUCCCGUGUUACGAUGAGCCAACGCUGAAGGCCACAUUCGAACUGGAACUAACGCACUCACGCCUAUAUAAUGCCGUUGCGAACAUGCCGGCCAAUGGAGACCCGGUGCCAGAUCCGGACAACGCCGACUACGUCACCACGCGCUUCGUUAAAUCGCAGAUAAUGUCUACCUAUCUGUUGGCGUUUGCCGUCAGUGAUUUCACUAUCCGCACGGCUGGCCAGCAGGACGUGUACGCCCGAUCCAACGUAUUCGAUGAGACGCAGUUUCCGCUCGAAAUGGGUAACCGAGUGCUGGAUGCGCUCGGUGCCUACAUGGACAUUUCGUACUAUGACUUUAUGCCAAAGAUGACGCAGAUUGCCAUUCCCGAUCGGGGCACGGGAGCCAUGGAAAACUGGGGACUGGUUGCGUACGGUGAACCGGUACUACUUUUUAACCCGAGCAUUAAUACUUAUCGUAAUCGCAAGAGUGUUACGACGAUCAUCGCGCACGAGUACGCUCACCAAUGGUUCGGCAAUCUCGUCAGUCCACACUGGUGGGAGUUCAUCUGGCUGAACGAAGGUUUUGCCACGGUGUACGAGUACUACGCUGCUCAGCUAGCCCACCCGGAGGGUCAAUACUGGGAGCUAUUCACCACCGAGGUGGUACAAAAUGCUUUCAGUGCAGAUGCUAGUGAAUCGGUACGGCCCAUGAACUGGAACGCCGGUUCACCUGAUGAGAUCGCCGCGCUCUUCGACACGGUUGCUUACGACAAAUCGGGCAGUGUACUGAACAUGUUCCGUGAAGUGCUUGGUGAUGACAUCUGGCGACAGGGACUGAAACGUUACAUGAACACGCGUCAGUUGGAUGGUGCCGUUGCGGCCGAUCUGUACACUGGGCUGCAAGAAGCACUAGAAAUCGGCAAUGCUGGAUUCCUGCCAGCUGGUGUUACUGUUAGCGAUCUAAUGGAAUCGUGGACUUCGGCCGCCGGUUUCCCGGUGCUAAACGUACGCCGGACGUACACCGAUGAUCACUCAAUCAUACUGUCCCAGGAGCGCUUCCUCUCCAAUCGGCAGAUCCCGAACAGUCACGUCUUUCACAUUCCGUUCGACUUUACCGAUGGAGCAACGCGUGACUUUACACCGACCCCUGCCGGUUUCCAUUGGAUGUCAUCGAAGGCGUCCAAGAUCUCCACGACCGUCCCGCACAAUCAGUGGAUCAUCUUUAACCGCCAACAGACUGGCUACUACCGGGUGAAUUAUGAUGCCGAAAAUUGGGAGCUCCUGAUAGAGGCACUGCGCACCGAUCCGACCCGAAUCCAUCAUCGCAACCGUGCCCAGCUGGUGAACGAUGCGUACAAUCUCGCACGGGCGGAUCGGCUCGAUUUCGCCGUUGCUCUUCGGUUAAUGAGCUACCUGAAGCACGAAACGGAAUACGCACCCUGGUCGGCCGCUGGCAGUGCGCUGACGUACUUCUAUAACAAACUGCGCGGUACCCCUUCGUACGAGCACUUCCGCGUGUAUGUCAACUACAUUCUGGCCGAUGCGUAUGCUGCCCUAUCCAUCGACACUGUCACACCCCAGGAAACGAUGCUACAGCUGUACCUUAAGCAGUUUAUCACGACCUGGGCCUGCCGCAUCGAGCAUGCCGAUUGUCUAGCACGUACCAAGCAAGCACUGGUCACCGCUCAUGCAGCCAAUACACCCGUUCAUCCAGACAUUAGCACGGCAGUGUACUGCAACGGGCUGGUGGAUGUUAGUGACGAAGUCUUUGUCUGGAUUUACGAACAGUUUAAGAACUCGCGUAACCAAGCGCAUCGCUCCGUACUGAUCGAUGCACUGGCUUGCAGUCGAAACACUGGCCAACUCCAGUCCUUGCUCUCUGUUGCUCUUGGCUCGGGCAGCGAGUUCGACGCACUGCUUGCGACCGAACGGACGCGUAUUGUCUCCGCUAUUUACGGCGCAAGUCGCGCCGGCGUGGAUGCGUUGAUUGAUUUCCUCGCGAUACCGACCAACGUGCCCGAGUUUGUGAACCGUCUUGGUGCAGGCACGCUAAACAGUGCCAUUUCAAAUAUUGCUUCGCGCACCAACAACCAGGCUGAGUUGGAUCGGCUGAAUGCGCUGCUCUCAAGCCUCGGUACGGCAGUAUCCGAUACGGUAGCUAGCAAUGCACGGGCGACGGUACAGAACAACUUUAACUGGUUUACCACCUACGAGGGUCUGGUAGCGCUGGAGUUCUUCGAAAAGUUUGCCACCAUGCCCCAAGAGCUGUGAGACCCUACUAUGUGGAUCAGCUCUGUGUUUACCUCAAAUUCAUGUUUGAAAAAUAAAAAUGAGUAAAUGAAAUAAACAUAAUAAAUGUGCCUAGCCAUUGUUGAAGAAAAAACUUAUCGAUAUACAACUUAACUAUAAGAAGUCGUUUUUGAACAUGGUCCAAGACUCAGAGGUAUAUGUGAAUACACCUGAACUGCAUUACUUCUAUAAAUUUCCAACCUGAUCCUUCUCCAUAGU